AUAAUUAAGAAUUAUAUUUUGUAGUUGGAGAGACUACGUCGUGUUAACAGUUUGAAGACCAAAAUAGUUAUAAAGUUGUUCAAGAUGCCAAAGACAAAAGUGACGCCCAGAAGGGGGAAUAUUCCUAUCUCAAUGGAAGUUGAUGCUAGUGAGCGGAUGUCUUGUCCUUUCUGCCCUUCCACCUUUAAGACCAAGGAGCAAAGAAACAAGCAUAUCAUUGAAUGCACAGAUUUAAGAUUGUUUUGUGCCUUGUGUCCGUAUAACACCACCAAACGGGUAUAUCUGAAUAAGCAUAUUAAGAACAUUCAUUGUUCAGCUGAAUCCGGAAAGGAAGGUACGGAAAUCGAGGAUAACGAUAAGACUGACAGUAAUCAUAACAAUUUGACUCAAUCUUCAGAAGACAUAGACCACAACAAGACAGAUCAGAAGGACCCCGAGAAGGUUGAUAAUGAUAUUGACUCUUCAAGCUCAGAGGAAGAUAACGGUAAAGAAGAAGUGGACAAUUCAAAAAGUAUAUUGGACGACAUAUCAAGUGAUGACGAUAGUGUUGCCAAAGUUGGGGAUCCAGAAACUCCGGAGAUGGCUUAUAUGGCUGAUAAGCCAACUACUUCAGCUGUAGAGAUUGGACGAAUAAUAAGGAAGGUAACGAGACCAACUCCGGUGUACACGCCAAGAGGAAAACUACAAGAUCUUAGGCAGAAAUUGACAAAGACUUUGGUCCCUCAAUUAGUAAAUACACCUAAGGUUCACACUAUAAGAGAAAUGGAAACGGUUAGUACGAAGGAGCAGUCUGUAAAGGAACCAAGACUAGUGACCAAGUACAUUAAAAUAAUUACUGAAUAUGAAGAAAAUGGCAAAAAGAUCAAAAUCAUUGAGAAGAAAGUGCCAUCUGAUUCCCUAUAG